CCGAAUCUUGUCCCGCGCGCGCUUUUCUGCCCGCCCGACUCCCGCUCCUGUCAGGCGGCGGCGGGGCCGCUCCAUGGCGCCAGCGCCCGUCUCCUCCCGCGGCUGAGGGCUCCGCUCCCCGCCAGCGCCCGGAGCAUGGUGGGCAGGGUCGCCGUGGCCGCGGCGGCCGCGGCGGCCGCCUCCCUCCUUGAGAAAGACGGCGACGCUCAGCCAUGCAAGAAACGGCGAGAGGAAGAUACUUCUGUAAAAACAAUCACACGAUAUUUUUCACCCUUAGCAAAACCAGUGGAUAAAGUGUUGUCACUACCAAAACCCAACAAUAUAUUGGAUUAUUUUAAAAAGACAUCUGUAACUGAGAAAGCUACAUUACCAGUUGUAGCUGGAAAAAAUAAACCACCAUUGGAUGCUGAUGACAAAGACUGUAAGCCACCUUUUAAACGACGUUUAAAGCAGAAGAGGAAAGGGAAGAGAGUUAAUUUAAAUAAUAAGCUAAGACAGAUGAAAGAAUCAGAGAAUGAACAUGAAAUGAGUAGUGGUGACAGCAGAGAAGCAACAGGACUGAAACAGGACAGUAAUGAUUUUAUUGCUACUUGUACUUUAGCUGACCAAAAAUGUGCAAGAGAAUUGGCAGAAGAUAAUAUGCAAAGAGAGAACUUCUCAAAUGCUGUCAUCCAUGAAAAAAAUGCAAAGAAAGUUGGUUCUGAAAUAAAUGGAUCAAAAAAUAGGUUAAAAAAAACAAGGAAAAGGAAGCACAAAGUAAAUAUGGAUUUGUCUGACAGUUUUUCAUCUGAAAACCAUCUGAAUAAAAAUUAUAAAAAGGAAACUGAGGAUGAUAAGAAGAUGGUGUCUCCUAUAAGAGCAGAGUGUGAUGCUACUAUUAGUGAUUCCACUUUUGAAGUUCAUAUGGAUGAUAAGACAUCACAGGUAGAUAAUAGUAUUGUAACAGUGUCAUUUGAGGACUUCUUGAAAAGUCAGGGAGAAAAUUAUGUUGAUUAUGUUGAAGACACAAAGCCAGCAAUGGACAAUUCUGCUACAUCAAAUGAAAUGGACAAAAGUGAUAGUAUUGAUGACCCAGAAAAGUGUGAGGAAUCUCAACAGCUACCACUUAGAAUAGUAACUGUCCUUGCACAAGUUCAUUCCAUUCCCCCAAAAUUAGCUCCAUUACAUAAGGAGCAAAAAGGCUCUAGGAAAAUAGCUUCAAUUUUUUUGAAGCAGAAAGGAUGUGUAGGGGAAAAAGAAAGUAGCCCACCCCUUUUGGACAGUGAACAAACUGAACAGGUUACUCAGAAAAGAAAAUCUAAUGUAGUUAUUGAGGAAGAAGAAUUGGAGUUAGCUGUACUAGAGACUGCAGGGUCAGAUUCUUUGAGGUCAAAAUGUACUCUGGAAGAAAGGCACCAGUUUAUGAAGGCGUUUAGGCAGCCAACAUCAGAUGUAAUAAAAAGUGGAGUUAAAAAGAUACCUGGAAAACAGAAGCAAACCAUUGGAAAGUCUUCAAAAGACAAAGAAGGACCUGAAGAUGACACUGCUUCAGAUAAAGUAUUAGAAGGUGGAGUACCAGAAGAUUAUGUGGACAAAUAUACACAUUCUAAUCCUGAAAACAAUAGAACUAAAACUAAAAGACCUAAAAAGUUUCAGACAAAAGGGAACAGAAGAAAGGCGGCUUCAGAAACUAAGGAAACUAAUUAUAAUGAAGAUGAGGAUUCAGGAGCUAAUGUUCUUACUCAGGAAAACACAAACACCUUAGAUGUCAGUAUUUCAUCAAGUCCAAAAGUGAAUGAGUUAAGGAGGAGUUUAAGACAGAAGAAAAUCAAAACAUCAAAAAAUGUUACACCUGAAAAAAACAGGAUUAGAAAUACCUUUUCUGAAGAUGAAUUUGGUGGGUGUCCUUUACAGGCUUCUACACCAAAAGCAGGCAAGCAAUCCUUGAAGAAAAGUAAUGUGUAUAAAGCUGAGGUGAUUACUGUGCCCUUUGAUGGAAACAGCCCAAUAAGAAUGAGGUUUACACGUAUCAAUGCGACUACCAAAUCAAAUAAGGCUGAAGCAAUGAGAAAUGAAGAGUUUCAUUCCAAAAAUAUAAAGAUAAGCUCUACUUCUAAAAGUAUAUCCAAAGCGAAACAGCUGAUUGAAAAAGCAAAGGCUAUACGGCAUAACAGAUCAAAGGUUAAUGAAGACUUACCAAGUCCUGUGAGGCGCUCAUCUCGACAGCUAGCUCUUGUUGAAAAGAAAAAAUUAGAAGAAAAUGAAGAAUCAGUAGUAAUUUUAGAUUCAAGCCUGAGUAAUGACAUUACUACAGUGCAGAAUGUGAAGCAAAAGAAUCUUCGGAGCUUAAAUGAUGUUUUGGGGAAAAGGUCUAGAAACUUGAAGGUUGCGAAGAACUCAAAUGGCAGAAAUGUUCGAAAUUCUGCAGGUGAACCAGCUGUGAUCUUUGAUGAAAGCAGCCAAGAUGCAUCUGAAAAUUCUCAAGAUGGUGAUCAGUUCAGAGCAAAACGUGAAUUCUUGAUGAGUGGAUUGCCAGAGUCACUGAAAAGACAGAUUGCAAAGAAAGCAGCAGCAAUGGAAGCAUACUCUCUUUCAAGUUCAUGUUUUAAGACUGUUGUCCAUGUACAGCAGAAGGAUGACUGUUAUCCAAUGUGGAAAUUGAAAUCACCAUCAUGUCCUCUAUUAACUAAGCUAAAGGAACUGAAUACUGAAGUCACUAACGUCACAAAAAUCACUCUCUCACUUGGUGAAUUUUCCACUGUGAAUACAAAACUAACCGGAAACUGUUCUGCACCUGUGCUUUCUGGCCACCGACCAGUUUUUCCUGAUACUUUCAGAGAAGAUUUACUAGAUGAGAUUGUGUCUUCUAAUUCUCAAUUUCCUGUGAGAAAAUACUUCUACAAGUUUCUGAAAAAGCAAACGGAACAGUUGGUUUUUGAAAAUAGUAUACAAGAAAGCAUAAAUGUCACUGCAAGUUCUGAGAUAAAUCAAAAACAUUCUGACAAUUGGAAGGAAACUAAGAGGAAAAGGAAAGAAAAAGAAGACCACAAAUCAAAAAGAAGAAAACAAAUUGAAGGUACAGAGACUGAAAUAAAAUCCAGAGUUUCCAGGAACCUUAUUUCUCCCUUAUCUGGAGAAAAACAAGAAGAGGUAGGACAAGCAACACAUUUGGGAAAAAACAAAACCUGGAAACAAGAUGUUAUGCCAGAAGACACUGAAUAUUUAUUAGAGCCAAAUGCACUUUCAGGAGUUGAAAAGGAAGACAUACUCUGGACAGAAAAAUAUCAGCCUCAAGAUUCCAGUGAACUUGUAGGGAACAAGAAAGAAAUCGAAAGGCUACACAGUUGGUUAAAAGAAUGGAAAAAAAGAGCUGAUUGGGAAGAAAAAAGAAACUGGAAAGGAGAAAAGGAGGAAAAAGAGCAUCAAGAUUCUUUGGACAGCCUUGACUUCGAAGAUAAUAAAACUGAUUCUGAGGAAGAGACUAGCCUUUGCAAUACAGUUUUGAUAACUGGACCACCGGGCGUGGGGAAAACUGCCGCAGUAUACGCUUGUGCUCAGGAGCUUGGUUUUAAGAUAUUUGAAGUCAACGCCUCUUGCCAGCGUAAUGGUAGACAGAUACUGUCUCAACUAAAAGAAGCUACUCAGUCUCAUCAAGUGGACAAAAAAGGCAUUAAUGCUCAUAAGCCUUGUUUCUUUAACAGUUAUAGCAGUGCCAAGUCACCAAAAAAAAUGUAUUCUCCAAAGAAAGUUAUUUCACCAAGAAAACCUCCACUGUCACCAAAAGGAACAGGAUUAAAACGAAGCUUACCCCCUAAAACACUUGCAAACUAUUUCAAAAUUUCUUCCAAACGGAAAGGUAAUGAUGGAGCAGUAGCAUCUCAAGAAAAAAACAAAGGAAAUACUCAGAAUUCACGUGAGGAAAAGAAAGAUGUGCAAAUUAAGUCAAUAAACAAAGAAGCAGAAGGAGGAGAACACAACGGAAAAAGUGCAACUUCUCUCAUUCUUUUUGAAGAGGUAGAUAUAAUAUUUGAUGAAGAUGCAGGAUUUUUAAGUGCAGUGAAGACAUUUAUGGCAACUACAAAGAGACCUGUAAUUCUUACAACCAGUGAUCCAACAUUCAGCUUAAUGUUUGAUGGCUAUUUUGAAGAGAUCAUCUUUAGAACCCCUUCCUUGAUAAAUGCUGCUAGCUAUCUUCAAGUGCUGUGUCUGGCUGAGAAUCUACGAACAGAUGUAAAAGACUUAGCUGCUCUGUUAACAACAAAUAACUGUGAUAUCAGACAAAGUGUUCUCUACUUACAAUUUUGGGUUAGAAGUGGAGGUGGAUGCUUGAAAGACAAAUGUUUGGCACAUGGAGGAGAUGAUACGAAUGAAGUGGAUCACGUAAUUCAUUCUGAAAAGGCUACCGAUUCCAAGAUUGAUUUUUCUCAAGCUGAUGCACGUCUUCAGGAGCUUCCAAAAUGUGAUACAGGCUGUGUAGAGACGUUGCUUGGCCUUAAGAAUAUCCUGUUGCCCUCAGAAGAUUUGCUUACAUUUCUUAAGCACAAAAUCACAACCAUGGACAAAUGGAAUAAAUUGAUACAGCUUCUCACAGAAUUCCAGAUGAAGAACGUGGAUUUUAUAUAUAGUAAUCUUGAACUUAUUCUUCCCUUACCAGUGCAAGUUCUUUCAAACCAGUCUGAAGCCUCUAACUCUAUACUUGAAAAGACUACCAUAGUUUCUUCAAAAAACAGAUCUACUAACAAUUACUGCCCUAGAAAAAAGUCUAAAAAGACAAAGAACCAGAAAAGGCUUGAAAUACUGGAUGAUAGUGACUUAUUUGAUACUGAACUGAACUAUUCAGCUGAAUUCAUAACCUUGCCAUUGGGUAGUCCUCCAUCAUGUACUGAAGUGAAUAAAGAGGAAUCAAAACUGCUGAUGAAUAAAGAAGAAAAUAAAACCUCAGCAAAUGAGAAAAGGUCUGCUUUUGUUUUUCAGUGUCUGAAUUCACUGACUGAAUUUGUGGAGAACAUGUCUUUCUUGGAUUGCUGUGUAAACACUAACACCAGGGAACCACUGGAGUUUUCUACAGAUGAAGGAUUUAACUGGACAAAUGGCAAAAUCAAAAAUGGUCUUUGUGAUGAAUUCAGUAUAGAAAAUACUGAUUGGUGGAGGUCCCAGAGCUGUAGUGAAAUAAAGGCAGCUAUUGAAGCGCUCAGUUUUAACAAAUGUUCUGCUAGUAUUUCACAAAACUUGGAAUCCUCUUUGAGUACCAGUAAAACACCUGAAAAUGAUGAACUGGAGGGACUUACCUUGCGUAUUUCAAACACAAGAAAUUAUGUAUCCUUCAGUCAGUCGGCUGAUCAGAGCAUUCACAAAAAAGCACAGAAGAGGAUGGCAGUCAUCAAAACUGCAUUUUCCAGAAGUCCUUUAAACCUGGGUAAUAAGCAAGCCAGCAUACUUGAAUACCUCCCCACUCUUCGCAGUAUCUGUAGGUCUGAGAAGCUUAAAGAGCAAGGGAAGACUAAAAGAAGAUUCUUGCAUUAUCUUGAAGGGAUUCAUCUUGAAAUACCCAGACAAACGAUAAAUGGUCUGUCUUUGGACUUCCCUUAAAAAUACUAAAACCAGAAAUACUUUGUGCCUAAUGGUGGUAUUCUCACCAUAGUUUGAUUUUUAUUUUUUUUUACCACAUUAUUUUAUUGUAUAUUCAGAGCCAUUUGUAUAUUAAAUUUCUAAGUAUUUAAAACAAUGUAUAUAUCUAUUGUCAUGCUAUUGCUCUCCACAACUGAAAUGUGGAUUUGUUUGGUGCAUGUCCAAUAAAUGCAUUUAUAAUAUUAAAUGUACAAUUUAAUCAGUGGGGACUACUUCAUGCUAUCUUUCUCUGUAAUUUGUGUAUCACAUAGCAAGAAGUCCUUUUGUAACAACCAAAUGUCACAACUUGCACAGCAAAGUUGCUUUUUUCUGAGGAGACUGUUUUAUUAAAAUAAGCUUCUUUCUCUCUGAAUUUGCAGUUAAGUGUUAAAUAACUUGGGAUGGGAGGGGGCAGGGAGAGGAUGGGGCAAGUCUUUACAAAGCUGGAUGCUUCAAUGUACAUGUAUUUGUAUACAUUAAUUUCAUUAUUUACAGCUGUCAGAUCUGCAUGUUAAUCUCCUAAAAAGGUAGAGAAAUUAUUACUGUAGCUCAAGAUGGUCUCAGAGAUUAGGUAAGAUUUUGUAAAUAACGAUUACUCCAGUGUUGCUUUGGUUUCAAUAACAUUUAACUACUUCUAGUCUUGUAUAUUGUGUUCUAUUUUUAUACUUAAUUUUGUAUUUGACAAGACUUCAGCCUGAUUAUUUGUGACUGAAUCUGUUUUUAUACAACAAUAAAUUUGUGAGACUUUGCUACAAUUCUGAAUAUUUCUGUUGUAUGAAGACUCCUAAAACUUCUUUUUUAGUCCACAAUGUUUAAGGGUUUUUUAACUGGAAAUAUUGCUAUCAUGGACUUUUCCACCUUUAUAUUGCAGCUGAACUGUUCCUCUUCCUCAAACUGAGUCAGAUUGGUACCAUGCAGUGGUACUCCACUUACCUCAAUGUCUCUGUAAUAAUAAGGCAGGCCAUUUUGUAGUACAUUCUGUUCUCAUCUUAUAUUUUUCAUGUCUUAAAGAUGUUCAGGAAUGAGAAAUAUUUAUGAAAACAGUAAAUUAUUUUGUUUCCACAUUGUAGAUAAUAUUCUUUAUAGCUUACUCUUUCUGUAGCCCAGAAUUAUCAAAUAAGAAUAAAAUGAAGUGGUGGCUGUUAAAAUUUUAAUGAGUUGUGUUGUAUCAAUGGUUUAAGCAACUCCUGUACAUUUUUGUAAAAAUAAAUACAUUUUUGAAAAUUUUUAAAAUAAAAAA